GCUGUGUCUAUAAUGUAUUGCAAAUACUAAAUAAUACUUUAUUAGAUGUGGAUUAGUCUACCCUAAAUUCGAAAGUGGAGUUGAGUUUCCACAUAACUAUUAGAACCAAAAGAUAUAAAAAGUUUAAGGAAUAAGUGUUUAUUUUUGGACUGGGCAAGUUAAUUAAACAAGCCCACAAUAGGUAACACCAUGCUGCACGAAUGUUGUACUCACUUUUCAAGCCCAAAUAGUAAAGUUCAGAGCCCAAAACAAAGGGGUGAUGAUCAGAACUCAAACCACCACAACUAACCCAUUUAUAUGUUCCAAGAGGAGAGCGUAAAGCAAGAAAGAAGUAUGAUGAUGGCUCGUUAUCUAACUCAGAUUGCAUCGUUAUCACCAUCAUCAUCUUCGUGUCUGACUUGCUCAUCAUCAAAUACGUCUCGUCCUUUCCGAACACCACACUUACAACAACCACCUAAGACGCUGUCGUGUCACCUCUCUUCAUCUCACAACAACAACAACAUUAUCACUUCCAAGCCUCUUCACUUUGCUCUCUCAGCUGCACUUUCACUCGGUUUCUUCUUCGGAGGGAUUGGAGCUGCGGAGGGAGCAAAAGUUGGAGUAAACAAGCCGGAACUGCUUCCUAAAGACUUCACCACCGUCAUUGAUGUUGCCGGCUUCCUCUCCGACGGACAGGAGAAAAGGCUGGCACAAGAGAUUGCUGAUCUUGAAAAUGAAACCGGAUACAAAUUGAGAGUGUUGGCCCAAAAUUACCCCGAUACCCCUGGAUUGGCCAUUAAAGAUUUCUGGCAAGUUGAUGAUAGAACAGUUGUCUUUGUUGCUGAUCCCACCUUUGGAAACAUAUUGAACUUCAAUGUUGGAGCUUCGGUUGAUUUGGACAUUCCUCGCAGUUUUUGGAGCCGCUUGGCGGGGAAGUACGGUAACAUUUUCUAUUGGAAAGAAAAGGGUGAAGAUGCAUCUAUUGAAGCAGCAGUUAUGGCAAUAUCUAAUUGCUUGAGAGAACCCGUUGGGCCUAAUAAUUGCUCUGAGGUCAAAUAAUGAUUUUAUUUUGUGAUCCUUUUAAUUUGGUUGUAUAGACCAUAGUCUAUAGAGUAUGAACUAACAUGUAUAGAGUAUAAAUAUAUGUACUUAGUAUGUACUAAUGUCAUGAUUCAUUGCAUGUUUAUCCUAAUUAACCUUAGUUCUUUUUUAUGUG